CCGUUCGAUUGGCGCGAGGUCGUUGUCAGUUGUCAGUGAAUCGCGGAGAUCCGAUCGAAUAUGUCCGCCAAUUGUUAACCUCCACAAUUGUUGUGGUUCAUUUCUAAAAUUUGUCAAUAUUCCGCUGGAUUUUAUUUAAAUUUUAUUGUUAAACUAGAAUUUAUUGACCGUAUACAUACUUAAGGGCAAUAACGGUUACUGUAUGGCAUUCCUGUUAGUGUUUUUUGUCGUGUCAAAGUUCUUUGUUACAGCAGUUUUGUGAUUAUGAAUGAUGAUUUUUUUGAAAAUUUGCGUAAUAAGGAUCUUACCAAGAUCAAAAAGUUUGAUUUUAAGAAGGCGAAAGCAUCAGGGGGUGUUAGAACAUCUAUUUCCCCCGUGAAACCUUUACCUAGUGAGACGGGCAUUGGGCCAAAUGGGGUCAACAAUUCCUUUGCUAGUAAAAACCCUACUGCCCCUGUGAAAACUGUACCAAAUGAUACUGGAAAUAGUUACUUAGCUGGAAUAGAUUAUAAUGAAUUUCAUAAGCCAAAUGGGAUCAAAAGUUCAUUUGAGUGCAGAAAAAGUGUCUGGAGUCAAUCAAAUCCUGUUAAUAAUAGCCCAUUAGAUAAAACUAAGAGCAAGACUUUUACAUUUAAAAAAACUGAACCAAAAAUAUCUCACAUAAAACAAACACAACAGAGUACAAUAAAUCCUUUUGGCAUUAAGCCCAGAGCUACUUCUAAUGAUAAUAAAAACUCUGACAAUGUUUUAGAUAGUCUCUACAAAAAUAGCAGUAUAUUUAAUACCUCGCCUCUAAAGAGCAGCAUCAAACAAGUUAAAAUAUCAAGCCCAAGGCCAAAAUUAACACUUAAUAAACCAUUGUUUGAGCCUAAAAAAGAACAGAGCAGCCCUAGUUUGUUGUCUGGCAGCAGUAAGCUCAGUCAAGAAAGUAUAUCCAAGUAUUUUACAUCAAAAUGUAAUGAGAAAGUCGACUCUGAAACAAUAAUUUCACCACUUAAAAAGCUUUUGCUGCCAAAAAGUGACCCAUGCCAUGAAAAAAACUGCAAUAAUACAUUUAAAGCACAAACUAGUUUUAGUAAUAAUGAGAGACAUGGAAGUCCACCAUCUCCUGUUGUAAAGCCCAAAAAAAAAUUUGUUUUUAAAAAACGAGCAGCCAAUAGUAGUAUUUCUGAAGAAAUAAAGAACAGCAUAACAAUACCUGAUCCUAAAUAUGUAGAUACUGGACAAAAUUACUAUGAUACUAGUUUGGAUGAUAGUAAGAAUAAAUUAUUUAAUACAUCAGAAGCUCAGUGUGUUAGUUUAUUACCUUCUAAAGAAAUUAAAAAUCCUGAGGAAACACCAGAGGCGAAUUUAUCAUCAAAUACUACAACCCCAUCUCUAGACAUCACAGAAGCAGAUUAUAUGGAUGAUGAAGAAUUUGAAAGGCAAUUUGGUGGUUUAACAGAGAGUAUCGAUAGGUUGGUGGAGGAAAGCACUGUCAGUUCCAGCAAUAUUAUACCUUCAAAUAGUAAGGCAUCUGAAAACAAUGAGGAAAUUAGUGAAGAAUUGCUCAAUGAAAUCUCUAAUAUGGAUUGGGAUGAGAAUUUUUUCAAUGAUGAGCCUGUUGAAAGCGGUUUCAAGGAUAGAACAGACGAUUCUGAAGAGUUCAAAGGUAAAUAUGAGCAUUCUGAAGUAAUGAUGGAGGUCCUGCACCAGAAGUUUGGAUUGAGGAGCUUCAGGCCUCAUCAGAGAGAGAUUAUUAAUGCCAGUUUAAUGCAGCAUGAUUGUUUUGUCUUAAUGCCAACAGGGGGUGGAAAAAGUUUGUGUUAUCAACUUCCAGCUAUUUUAAUGCCAGGAGUCACCAUCGUUGUGUCACCGUUAAUAGCACUUAUUUCCGAUCAAGUUGAUAAGCUGACUGCUUUAGAUAUAGCUGCUGCUCAUUUAUGUUCUGAUGUUUCUAAGUCAGAAACAGAUCAGAUUUUUACCAAAUUAAGUAUGAGAGAGCCUGGAAUAAAGUUGCUGUAUUUGACUCCAGAGAAGCUUUCACGUUCCAGAGCUAUACUGGAUAUUCUGGACAAUCUUUAUAGCAGGGGCAAACUGGCUCGCUUCGUCAUAGACGAGGUUCAUUGCUUGUCACAGUGGGGACACGAUUUUAGGCCCGACUAUAAAGAACUCGGCAAAUUAAGGUUAAACUACAAGGAUGUACCAAUAAUUUGCUUGACCGCAACUGCCACCAAACAAGUCGAGAAUGAUGUGAUAAAUAUUUUAAAACUAAAAAAAGUGAAAAGGUUCAUUAGGAGUUUUAAUAGGCCGAAUAUUAAGUAUGAGGUGAUAGAAAAGCCGGCUAAAUCAACUGAAGCGAUAGCGAAUUUGAUAAAAACAAAGUUUCCAAAAAAAUCUGGAAUUGUUUACUGUUUAGCCAGGAAGGAUUGUGAAAAACUAUCUGUUCAAUUUAACGGAAUGGGACUGAAAACCAAACCGUACCAUGCUGGAAUGACCGAUAAGGUUCGUGAAGCUAUCCAACGUGAAUGGAUGCAGGACUGUUUCCACGUAAUUGUCGCCACAAUAGCGUUUGGUAUGGGCAUCGAUAAGCCGGACGUGCGAUUCGUCAUUCACAAUUCCAUUCCGAAAUCGGUAGAAGCGUUUUAUCAGGAAAGCGGACGAGCCGGCCGGGACGGCGAAGUUUCUUAUUCCUAUUUAUUUUAUGUUUACCGGGACGUCGAUCGAUUAAGAAAGAUAAUCAAGCUCGACAGGAACAUGACCAAGAAAACUCUGGACGCGCACGAAGAGAACCUGAAACAAAUGGCCAGUUUCGCAGAGAAUCGAGUUGAUUGCCGGCGUUACCUUCAACUUAUUCACUUGGGCGAACAUUUCGAUCGUCGCAUUUGUAUCAGAAGCAAGGCGACGAUCUGCGAUAAUUGUGAAAAUAUUGACAAGUACAAAAACGAGGAUGUGAGCAAGCAGGCUAAGGAAUUGUGUACUCUAGUGAGGGAUCUGACUCAAAAAGAGAAUGUGACCAUGUUGCAUGUUGCAGAUGUUUAUAGGGGUUCGAAAAUUAAAAAAAUUCUGGAUAGACGCCACGACCGACAUCCGUUAUACGGCGCAGGCGCCUCGAUUGACCGAAAUGACGUGCAGAGGAUCCUCAAGGAACUAAUUCUUAAACACAUUCUGGCGGACUUUUGCACUUACACCGGAGACUUUCCGGUUGUCUACCUCAAAACAGGACCAAAGUUUUAUCAAUUUUUAAAUUCCGACUAUAAACUUACCAUCUCUGUAUGUACAGAGAAGAAAUCCAAGUCACUGAGAGAGGUUGUUUCUAGUGAGAAACCGAGUAGUAGUGGAUGGAUUGACGCUCAGUCUGGCAGCAGCUCCACUUCGGAGGGUGGUUCGGUUGUAAGGCAUACGGUGCAAAAGCAAAAUACUGCCAAGCUUCAAGCCGCUAGAAAACUUCAAUUAUCGAAGUUAAAGGUGGAAUGUCACGAGGUACUACUAGAGGAAUGCCGCCGCAUCGCGAUGGAGCGUAACCUCACUCUUUCUUCGGUAAUGAACUUAUCCGCCAUACAAUCGAUGUCGGUUCAUCUACCAAAAACCAAAGAAGAAAUGCUAAAAAUCCAGCAUGUUACCGCGGCGAAUUACAACAAAUACGGAGAAUAUUUCUUGAAAAUCACCAAAGAGUACCGAGAGAAGCACGACGCCAUCCAACCUUUAACGGAACUUAAAACGUCACGCCAGGAUCUGAUCGAAGAAUCCGCGUCCGAUUAUGAAGAACAAGAUUUCCAGCCGACAGGAUCUCAAAGAUUCUCUCCCAAAAAUGCGAGAGGGGGUGGAGUGAAGAGAAAAAGAGGGGGGUGGGGCAACAAACGGGGCGGAUUUAAAAAGAGACGGGUGGCCUAUAAAAAGAAAGCCGCAUCCCCAAAAGGGAAAAUUUCUAGUAGCGGCUGGAAAGGAAAAAAGGGCGGUAGAGGAGGUGGAGGAGGAGGGUUGGGUCUCAUGCCAAUUUUACACAUUAGUUAAUCUUUAUAUGUUUGUUGAAUUCUGAUUUACUUCUUGUAAAUAAUUAUGUAAUAAUAGGAAUAAUAAAACUUUUACUUUUUUUGAAAA